CCAGCCCCACUCUCUGCCUCCAUCCAUCUCAGCUGCUCUCUCCCCCCCACCUCACAAUUUCACACCAAUGAGCAUGCCGCAUGUAGCUCCCACUCACUGGCAUCAGAAACACUAGAUAUCUUCAGUGCUGAGCAGUACAGUUUCAAACAAAUACACAACAGCAUUGGCUAGACGGAGGCUGCGUUCAGCCAAAAGGCACGUUGGGGAUAGGCAGUGAUAAAAAAAGAGGGGGAGAAAGAGUCCAGCUGCUCUCUCACACCGGACUCAAGAUUUGCACCAUGAAGACCAGACUAGGCUGCCUGUCCCACAAAUCUGACUCCUACAAUGACUUCUCAGAAUUCCUGCCUCCAGCCCACGAAACCACAGCCAGGUGUCUGAAACUAUCAACCGAUGAAGUUGUUCGAUGGUCUGAAUCAUUCGAUAGCCUCCUCACUCAUAAGUAUGGGCUGGCAGCUUUCCGGACAUUUCUUAAGUCAGAAUUCAGUGAUGAGAAUAUUGAGUUUUGGAUGGCCUGUGAAGACUACAAAAAAAUCAAGAGCUCAGCUAAGCUGGUGUCAAAAGCAAACAAGAUAUUUAAGGAGUUUGUUGAGGUUCAGGCACCAAGAGAGAUUAACAUUGACUACCGUACCAGGGAGAAGACUAAGCAGAGCCUGGCGGAUCCCACCCCAACCAGCCUCAAUGAAGUCCAAGGUAAAAUCUACAGCCUCAUGGAGAAAGACUCCUACCCACGGUUUCUCAGGUCCAAGAUGUACCAGGAUAUAGUCAACAGGGCACAAGCGCGAGGACAACGAAGGUCUGUUUGACAAACAGUGGCAAUAAAACUGGACCUUUACUGUAGAUCAUUUAUCCUUUGAAAUCUCUUAAUACUGUGAAUCUGCAAGGAUGGGGGUGACCUGCUUGACUGUUUCCUUUAUCAACACCAGCUCCAUGCAUGCAAUCCCUCUAGAUAAAACGUGUCUCUGUGGACUGCAAUAUACAAUACAAUGAGUGUGGAUGAUUAUAAGCUAAUGGUUUGCUGAGCAAUCUGUCUGAAAUAUCAAAAUAAAAGUACAGUAUCAUGCAAUAAUGAUAGUUAUCACAAUAUUUGCUAUGUUUUGUUAGUUCUUUAGCUAUGUAAGUUAUUUAUUUUUAUAUCAGUCAUGCACUAUGUGAUUAUAGGCUAUAGACUCAAAUAAAAGACUCAAAUAGAGACUGGUAAGUGGUGGUUUGAAUUGAUAUAUGCAUUUCUGUAGUAAAGAAACUUUACAGUCAAUAAAGAAAUCAAAUGAGUUGUUCAAAUAGUCCUAAAAGCAAAAGAAAACCUUUAUGGUAAUCUCCAUGUGCACCUCUGGAUUGUUACUGCUUGAUCACUACAUGGAAAUACAGUUGUGACCAACUGUGAACCUGUGAUUUCACAAUGGUCCUUAGACUUGAGAGACCAGACACCAAACUUCAUAUCACAGCAAGUAGUUGGAUUAUGACCAAGAACAUAUCUGUGUACGUGUGUGUGUGUGUGUGUGUGUGUGUGUGUGACUGAUUACUAUGGUUGUGCACUGUGAAUUUUCAAAAUCCUAACAGUGAACAUUCUGCAACAUGAAUCUGAAGCUUUUUGGCCUUGCCAACUCUAUUUUUUCUCACCAGCUGCCUACUUCCCAAAUUUGACUUGUCCAGUCCAAGUAGUCAUGAUGUGACCACUUGGACUGAUCUGCAAAAAGCAGAUAAAACUAAAACUGAGUUAUUAUUUAUUAUUUAUUUUUAUAACUGAAUUUUCUUUCUUUCUUUCUUUCUUUCUUUCUUUCUUUCUUUCUUUCUUUCUUUCUUUCUUUGAUCGCACCUUUGUUUACCUCCGUGAUUGCAGUUGGUCAGAAAUUUGUAGGAAGUUUCAUAGCAAAAUAAAUGAUUUGUCUGGUUGUGGCCCGUUCACAUUCUUUUACAUAUAUUACAACCAGUAACUGUUCCUAACCUGAAUGGUUAUUACACAUAGAAACCAGGUGUUGGUUUAAGCAACACAUUUCAAGUACUCAUUGGUUGAAAUAAAUUUAUAUAAUAAUUUAAUAAAUAAAGUUUUCCUGGAUAAUAAACAGCACAGGUUAUAUAUAAGUCACUGGGUGGCCUACAUGUUGUAUGUUCUUUUCCAUCUUAUGCAUCUAUUCCCAACCCUCUCUUUGUGGACUUUGCAGCCCUGCAUCAUCCUUCUUAUUUGCUUUCAUUAUAUUACUCUGCUAAGUAGAGGGUGCUAUCACAAUAAAACAUGGGUCACAGCAAGCAGCACAAAUGUUGUGCAGGGUGUCUUUUUCAAUGGGAAGAGGGUCUCUCUGCUUUAUUUUCUCUCUUUUCAAGAGUUCACUGGAUUUAUGAAUAUUUCUGAUAUAUUUUAUCACUGAGGAAACUAUAUUGUGGUAAUUAUCAUUAUUGCUUUAUUGCUCAGCCCUGCCACUACUUGUCUUACCUCGUCUGUGAAAUAGACACUGUUGUAUGCAGGUAAUUAUACCUGCUGUGGUAGUUUGUGUGUUUACAAUGAACAACUAAGUGAGUGACCACUUAAUAUCUGAAACUGUGCCAAAAUAAUCAAUUGCACUUCGAUGUUGUUAUUGCAUAAUACUGUGUAUCUUAAACUGCAGGUAAUCUGUCAGCUCAUUUCACUCAGCUCAACAGACAGAGUUUAGCUUUCACUUCGGUUCUAAAUGAUAAAAAUUGUUUAGGCAGUCAAAGAUUCCCAAAUCAGAUUCCUUUCAUCAUUUCUGGUGAUUUGGUCGGUUUAAAAUGUGUUACUGAACUGUAAUGAGUUUUUUACGGAUUAUCGACUAGCAAAAAAGUUUGCAAGUAGAGUUAAAGAGUAAUUUAAAUUCCAUUCUAUAAUGGAUUGGUACCUAAUUAACCAAAACAAGCAACAUAAACAGCAGACGUUCCAUCAAGGUUACAGUGAAAUACAAUGUCCUGCUGAUACUCUUCCACUGAAUUCCAUCCAAUCUUUGCUGAAAAUAGUUUUCUGCAUGAUGCAAUACUCAGAUUUACUGUUUAUAUAUUCUUAAACAUGUACAGUAUGUUAAACAAAUACUGCAGAUAACUUUAUUUAUAAUAUGUCAGUGUGCUCCUUCAGCAUUUGAUGUGUUUCUGCAUUAGAUGUGCUCCUUAACCUACCAAUCCUUUAAAUGAAUUAAAUGCAAAACUUUCCUGAGCACUUAAAGAGUGGUAAAUAUUUUCUUUAGUGCAUGUGUACCACAUAGGCCAGCCUGUUUGAAAUGCCAGAAAACGGAUAAAGACUAAAAAAAAGCAUACUGCCAUAUAUGGUAUGUUACUGUGCUCCACAUGAAUGUAAUCUCCCUCUUCUUCUUUUUGCAUUAAAAAAGUUAAUCUGCA